AUGGCAGAGAUCUACCCUUACGCGAUUACCAACCAUGGGCCUUACUAUAAGUAUAUCCUCGCAGAUGAAGAUGGAUACAAGAUGGAGAUGACCACUGAUGGGGAUUAUCCAAAUUUUGGAGGCCUUGAGAAGGAAGAGGGAAGAUGGGUGGAAAUCUUUGUGCUAACUAGCUCUCCGUUCAGGCUAAAUGCUUCGCGCUGUACGCAAGUCCGCAUCAUCGAACCUCUGAACAGUCGUCUUUUCUUGGACUUCAAAAGCAUCCAUGAAAUCCCUCGCAUGCACUGGCGUGACCUCAGAUAUCCCAUAGUGGUCUUCAACACGAAAGCCUAUCUCGAUGCCCCUUCAGGACCAAGGAUGGAGUUUUACAUAAGGGACAACAUUGACCAUCAGAUAAAAUGUGUGGUGACCGGCGAUCAGGCAUAUGCCUUCCGAGAUGGUCUUGAUUACAUGAGUGAUGGGGGUCGUAGACAGGUGAUUGUGGCACUUAAGAUGUGGAGAGUCUGGAAAUUUAUGCAUAUGUGUUAUUUUGGUCCUCCUGAAAUAUGGCUUGAGGCCGAAGGUGGAUUAUCGGACUUCAGGUUCAAUCCGCGUUUGCCCGAGGUUGAGGAAUUCAAGCAAUCUCUACUAAACAGCGACCCUUAUGUUCAGAAAUAUGGGGUUAAAGGUCUCGUGUAA